GAAUAGAAGUUAUCAUAUAGGCGCUUGAUCGAAUACAAUCCUCUUCCCACCGUUUCAAACAUUGGAUUGACCUGUGAGCAUAUUGACCGCAGCGGCGUUGGAUGCAAACUGAUCAACAUGGGAACAAGAGUAUAUAUUGGCCGUCUGUCCUACCAUGCCAGAGAAAAAGAUGUUGAAAGAUUUUUCAAGGGUUAUGGCAGAAUAAGGGAUAUUAUGUUAAAAAACGGUUAUGGAUUUGUUGAAUUUGAUGACUACAGAGAUUCUGAUGAUGCAGUCUAUGAAUUAAAUGGAAAAGACUUGUGUGGUGAAAGAGUAAUUGUAGAGCAUGCCAGAGGAGAUCCCAGAAGUGGAGACUAUCGACGAGAGAGUGGUGGUGGUGGUGGUGGCGGCGGAGGUGGUGGUGGCGGCGGUCGUGACAGGGCCUACAGCUUUCCUCCACGUCGCCGAGGAGGAAGAGAUAAACACCAGGCCGUGGUCAAGUAUGGUCCCCCCAUAAGGACAGAGUAUCGCCUCAUCGUGGAGAACCUUUCGUCUCGAGUCAGUUGGCAGGACCUGAAAGACUACAUGAGACAAGCAGGAGAAGUCACAUAUGCUGAUGCCCACAAACAGCACAAAAAUGAAGGUGUAGUGGAGUUUUCUCAGUAUGGAGACAUGAGGAACGCCCUUGAAAAAUUAGACAACACUGAAAUCAAUGGCAGGAAGAUCAAGCUGGUGGAGGAUAAGCCUAGACGCAGCAGCAGGAGAAGCCGAACAAGGAGUAGAUCAAGGUCAGCAAGUAGAUCUAGAUCAAGGUCACGCAGCAGGUCAAGGUCAAGGAGCAGGAGUCGUCGUAGUCGUAGUCGCAGCAGGAGUAGUCGAAGAAGCCGCAGCAGGAGCAAACACAGCAAAUCCAGAUCUAGGUCUAGGUCAAGGUCCAAGUCAGAACCCCGCAAGUCUAUGUCAAGGUCAAAGUCAAGGUCAAAAUCCCCAUUAGAAAAUGGGACAAAUGAACUGCAAAAGGAAUGAGAAUAAGUGACUGGUGUGUUCAGGAAUGUGAACAGAGAUAUAAGUUGGACACCUUGGUUAAACAGCUGCAUGACUUGUGUAGGGACUAAUAAGAAAGUGCACUAAUCAUGUCGCACUCUAGAAUGUUCUCUUCAGCAAUGUUUUCUUAAUUAUGUUUUUAAUCAUUUCAUGUUCCAUUGACAUUCAUUCAUUUUAGAUAUGCUUGACACUAUUUUUACAAUUGGCUUCAUACAACGAUUGUGAUAUGGUCAGCAGCUGUUGUUUGAAACAAUAGUCAGUUAUAUGUAUUCUUGUAUGAAACCCAUCAUUGACUCAGUGUGGACGUUUUGUAUGUGUCUUAAAGAAUGUAAUUCGUAACAUGUUGGAUCUAAUAAAUAUUUUUUGUUUCAACAUAUCAUUUGUUGUGACAAACUUCACUUUU